AUGCCUCGAGAUUUGCCAACGCCACUAUUCCUGAAGCAAUUGUUGGUCCAUAGCUUUCGCACCGUGGUGACAUGGCUGCGGUUUGUUCUUGUUGCAUUCGUCUGGCUUGGAUGGUUACCCUGGUCCAUGAGGGCCAUCUGGAGAGCUUUGUUCUGGCUUGCAGAUGGCCGCUGGUCUGGUGGGGAUAAUGCUAUGCAAGGACCGACCCAGGAACGCCUUUCUGAAGCAAUGGCAAACAGCACCGCUUCGCUUCUUAGUGCAGGUGUUGCGACAAGCUCAGCCCUGGCCUCUACAUUUGAAACGAACACAACCGAUACGCAAUCCAUGCCGUCACCAGCAUCGUCAAUGUUUAGCUUCUCGUCUGGCGAACCGCUACUGCUUACCAUUGUAAAGAAAGCAUUUUCUGGCCUUUUCUUUCCGGCUAUGUCUUCAAGUUCCAGUUCGACAACCGGAAGGACUCCAAAUAUAACGGUAGGGUUUUAUAAGCAGCGGCACCCGUCGUGGCUGUCCGAUGUCAAAUUCCUGAAUAAUAUCACACCGUCCCCUACGAUUAACAAUAUUCUCAUCGAUACAUUGGAGGGCCAGUUAAUUACGUUACUUGUUGUCAUAUCCUUUAUUCUAAUCUUCCUUAUCCGUGAAUGGGUCGUCCAGCAACAACCGAUGGCUAAUAUCGCGGAUGGUGAACGGGAAGCGGCUGUCCAGUUAAUAGCGAAUAAUCGUCCAAAUCCCGCGGACGAAAAUCCUCGCCUAGGAGAACAUAGACCUCUACAUCCAGACAACGAACAACAGGAACAAGAAACUCACAAUCAUGAAGAUGGAUUCGAUCACGCUGACGAUGCCUUCCCUGACGCUGUAGCUGAGGUGGACUUGCCUUCUAGGAACAUGUCGGUUCGGGAUGAGAAUAUGGCGUUUGUGGAUGGCCUCAGAACGUCGGGUCCCUUCCAUCGGAACCUGGAGAGCGCUGAUGAUGGACCGAGCAAUGUUCUUGCAGCGGAAUCAGCAUCCCAAAUCAAUCAACCCUGGCCUGGCGUCGAGACCUUCAGAGACCUCUGGUCGCGCCCAUCCAGUUAUGUCCAGCGUCCGGGCGAGACAGAUUCAGAACCCGCAAGUCAUAACACAAUUGCUUCCGCAGGAUCGUCGCUACCGGAUUCUCUUUGGAACACUGCAUCGCAGUCAUCAACCCCUGUUGUUCGGGAGCCCUGGGAUAUUGCGAGCUCGCAAUCUGGAAGCGAUACUCCUAUGGACCAGUUGCGCACUGACUUCGCUUCCGAUUUCCCGGAAUCUGAACCUGGAAGCGAAGAGGAUGGGGAGUCGCAGUCAGAUGCCCCUAGCUCCGCGAAUGACUUUGUUGGAGUUGUCCAGGAAUUUACCUCGCAUGAACCCUCAAGUGCAAACGAUACUACCAAUUUGGACCAUGAACCAGCUGCAAACGUGCCGCUCCCAACACAGACGGAACAUCCUAAUGCUGCACCUAGUAAUUUGGCUACCAGGCUCUUUGACUGGUUCUGGGCGGACAUCACCCCUGAUGAUCAGGCUCAGGAGCACCCACAGCCGGAUGAGGAACACGUAGUUGAGGACCCUGCAUUAGAAGAACCAUUUGUGCCCUUGCAAAACAAUCGACGCCUGGCCAAUGCCGGUGCGCAGGAUAAUCAAGCGAUAUUUGCGGAUGCUGGAAUUGACGGCAACGAUGUUGACGCUGUCGAGGAGGGCGAUGAUUUAGAGGGGAUUCUAGAACUCAUCGGUAUGCAGGGUCCGAUCUUCGGUCUCUUACAGAAUGGUGUAUUCAGCGCUCUGCUUAUAUCAUUUACGGUUUCUGUCGGAAUUUGGUUGCCUUAUCUUUGGGGUAAAAUCGCCCUCGUUCUUCUAGCCAACCCUAUACAACUGGUCUUUGGCGUCCCAAUGACGGCAGUAUCAAUUUUUGCAGAUGUUACAAUUGACACUUUAAUUGGCAUUCUGGGAUAUGCCAUGUAUGGGGUCAGUCUUAUCGUCAAGCUGGUGUUAAGUCCCCUUAGCGCUCUACUCCCUCUGGGUGACUGGAUUCCUCAGACAAAGUCUAUCACCACCGCUUCUCUUUCACUCAUUGAUGCUAGCAGUCAUCGGCUAGGGAACGUGAUUAGUUCCUUCUUUGUGUUCCAUGAAUCAGAUGUUCCCAUGUUCUCCGUCCUCUCUCACCAAGCACUGAAGAUACAUGAAGAGCGUAUCACAAGCUUGUUUCGGCUAUGCUUUGGAAUAGGCAAAUUUGUCUUGUACGACUUCCCACUCCAGUUACUUACUACUGAACUACCUGAUUCCCAAUCGUUCAAGCACGGACUUGUCGAUUUCGUCAAUUUGAUACCCCAGGCUCGCGGUCAACUUUAUAGAUUUGGGAAUCAAAUUCUCUUCUCUUCGAACGCAACAUGGUUUAAUGCAAGUGUGAGGGGGUUAUCUUCAGGUGCCAUAGCUGUGGAUUACGAACUGGCCGUAUGGGACACCAAGGAUCGAGUCAUUGCCAUUUUAAUGGGGUAUCUCUUAGCGUCAGCUUUGGGUCUGCUAUACCUUCGUAUCACUGGCCUCCUAUCAGGUGCGGACAGGGGUCAGAGGGUUGAAGGCAUAAUUGCCGACGUUCUGCACCAAGCUGGUGGAGUCAUGAAAGUCAUCUUGAUCAUUGGGAUUGAGAUGAUCGUUUUUCCGUUAUAUUGUGGUACUCUGCUUGAUGUCGCAUUGCUCCCUCUUUUUGAGAAUGCUACUAUUACAUCGCGCCUUGAAUUCACAUCGUCAUCUCCGCUUACUUCAUUGUUUGUGCAUUGGUUCAUUGGCACGUGUUACAUGUUUCACUUCGCUCUUUUUGUGUCCAUGUGCAGGAAAAUCAUGAGAAGUGGUGUUCUCUAUUUCAUCCGCGAUCCCGACGAUCCGACCUUUCAUCCCGUGCGCGAUGUUCUAGAGCGUAGUAUAACCACCCAACUACGCAAGAUUGCAUUCAGUGCUCUUGUGUAUGGCGCUCUAGUCAUCGUUUGUCUUGGUGGUGUCGUCUGGGGUUUGUACUAUGCAUUCGACGAUGUGCUCCCUAUCCAUUGGUCUGCCACAAUGCCAGUCCUUGAAUUCCCCGUUGACCUCCUGUUCUACAACUUCCUCAUGCCCCUUGUGAUUCGAUCGCUCAAACCUUCGGACGGAUUGCAUGGCCUCUACAAUUGGUGGUUCCAUAAGUGCGCACGUUUCUUACGACUGACGAACUUCUUUUUCAAUGAGAGACAGCCAGAUGAGGAAGGUUAUCAUGUCAGACGGUCUUGGUGGGCUACGCUAUCGCGGGCAAAGGGGGAUAUUGAUCACCCUAUAAAAAGUGGAGAACAGCGACGCGAUGCUGAUGACAAGCAUAUCGAUGCCUACUUUGUUCGGGAUGGUAAAUUUGUCCGCGCCCCUGCAUCUGAUCAGGUUCGGAUCCCCAAGGGUAAUUCCGUGUUUCUGGAGGUGUCGGAAUCAAAUGACAGAAUCGAUGGGCUUCCUGAGACCAACGAGGGACUACACAGCCGAGCGAAUCCCAUGUUUACAAAGGUUUACAUUCCGCCCUUUUUCCGAAUGCGGAUUGCCGCAUUUAUUUUCUCGAUAUGGGUAUUCGCGGCUGCUACUGGCGUAGGCGUCACAAUUAUUCCAUUGGUCGUGGGCCGGAAAAUGAUGUCGUCGCACUUCCCCAACCGACCGCUGAACGACAUCUAUGCCUUCUCAGCAGGCAUCUGCAUAGUUGGUAGCGCUGCCUACCUUGCGCUUUAUUGUCACACCAGCUUUGCUGCGAUGAAGGACCGUUUGAGGCCAUAUUUACAGUCUCCUCGCCAGGCCUGUAUUGGGUUGACCGGCGCUAUAGCCAAUGCCCUUCAGCUCUCCUACAUCGCUUUAGCGUUCUCGCUGAUUUUACCGUCACUAUUUGCUCUGGUAAUUGAGCUUUACGUGUUGGUUCCCGUGCAUACGUACCUGGAUGGUGCACAGACGCACGUCAUCCAUUUUGUGCAGGACUGGACUAUUGGAGUACUCUAUGUCCAAAUGGCAAUCAAAUUCGUACUCUGGUAUUCCACCUCUCGUCCCGCGGCCGCUCUUAAUGGCAUAUUCCGCGAUGGUUGGCUGAAGCCCAAUGUAAAGCUCGCCACGCGUGCUUUACUACUUCCAGUCAUACUCUUAACGGCAAUUGCGGUUGCCUUGCCAUUGUCGGCCGGGUUUCUGGUCAAUUCGACCGUAUUUUAUUCCACCCCCGAGGUCCAGUUCAAGGUUUACCGUUAUGCAUAUCCUCUCACAUUGCUUCUGAGCUUGCUGUUUUGGAUUGGUUUCCUCGUAAAUCGACAGGUGGAGAAAUGGAGGGUCAAUAUCCGAGAUGAUGUCUACCUAAUUGGAGAACGCCUUCAUAACUUCCGCGAGAAGCGGGCGAAAGAUGUCGGUGUAGCCCGACGAGUGAUCACGGGGUGA